AUGGCACAUUCUCCAGACAAGAUAAAGAACAUCGAUGGCUCAAAAGAAACUCUUAAACUUGCUGUGAGGAUCACUGAUCUAUGGUUUAUUGGGAUGCCUAACAAAUCUGAGCAAGCUGAGAUGGGUGAUGAGAUCCAUGUUGUUUGUAAACAAGACCAACUGAAGUCUAGGAAGAUGGACUUGAAGGAAAAUUGCAGUGGAUUUGCGGAUGUUGUGGCUGGCCAGUUUGAACCAGGCCUAUUGGUUGAUGUUAUUGGUGUUGUGGAGGAGGUUGUCUUUCACCAUGUUUCAGGAAAAGGUAGAAGGGUAGUCUUUAAACUAAAGGACUUGAGCCAACAAUUUUUAUCUUGCACUUUGUGGGACGAUUAUUGCUUGCAGUUUUUAAAAUUCUUAGAUGAUCAUGAAGGUCAUGGCCCAAUUACAGUUCUAUUGACCCAUGGUAGAAUAAAGGAAGCUCAGGGAUCUUAUCCGCCAUCGGUCAACAAUUCUUUCAAGGCUUCAAAGUUAGUUAUUAACCAACCUGUGAUGGAGAUUCAAGAAUUCAAUGAAUGGCUUGUAGAGUUGGGCACUCAGGCCCGGUCAGUUUUUAAAUUCCAUGGUGAAGGCAGUUCACAAGUUUCAGGUUCUAUCCAAUUAUCAUCAAAGGAAUCAUUCUUUGGAAAGGUUAAGGAAGUUGUUUGUGUAACUGUUGGCACAAUUACUAGGAUUGUUAUGGACAAUCAUUCAUGGUGUUAUACAACUUGCAUUCAGUGCCAUAAAAAAAGUGAUGCAGAGAUGGCGCCCUUCACAUGUGCAUGUGGCAAAUACAAUAAGGAAGUUGUGCUUAGGUAUAGGCUUGAGGUGAUGAUCAACCACAGAGAUGAAAGCACAAAAUUCCUGCUUUGGGACUGUGAAUGCACUGAAUUAAUUGUUCAAUCAGCUGAUGCAGUUAAUAGGCUUAAAAUUGAAGAUGGUGAUGUUGAUUUAAAUGCUUCACCCGAAGCACUUGAUAAGUUGUUGGGUUAUGUACUUGCUUUUAAGAUAAAGGUGCAACCCAAGUUCAGGAAUUCUACUGUUUUGAAAUGUUCAACUGACUCAAGCUUAAUAAAUGCUGUGAUGGAUAUGCUAGCUGAUGCUGAGCAAUCCAUGUCUGUGACAGCAGACCAUGAUCCACUGUUUAGGCUCCCAUUGACACCUACAAAGCGGCAGGCAUUUCAAGAUUGUGAUGAUGAAGCAGGGAGCUCUCAAAUUUCACCUGCAUAG